GCUGCGCCACAAGAGCCUCGACUAGUUGAGUGCCGCUCCCGAAUCCCGUUGCGCCGUUAGUUGGCCGCUUCUAGGUGGGGCUGCACGGCACACGAACCACACACACACACAACAGGUCGUCGUUUAUUUCGCAUCAUUGUGCACAAAGAGUCCUGCGUUCACUCCAACUGAGCAGUGACAACACCGUCUCCAUCCACGUCUGUCAAUCUUCCAAUUUCCCCAGUUUUUUUUUUACUCGCCAGCCGAACUCGCCUUGUCUGUCAGUGACCAACGAUCCAACUGUUAGGGUGGGUGUGUGUGUGUGUGUGUGCCGCUGCUCUGUACAUCUGCUGUGUGUAUUCAGCUCGCUUGGUAACAAGAGCCCCCCUCCAUUCAAUCCGUGACACGGUCUCUCUCUUCUUCUCGUUGGAUCGAUCAAAGAACUGGCCAGUAAACCAGAAGAAGGUCAAGGGUUUCUCGUCUUUUCGACAAACACACACACACACCUUCACCGGUAGCAUCUUGUUAACAGAUCUCGACGUGAUGGCCAACGGGACUAGCUGGUUAUCGGCGGAAAGGACGGCGGAAGAAACAGAAGCGGCUCACGAUCUGCUCCAGUUGGCUUAUUCCCUACCACCGUUGAGUGGCGCCGAUGGCUUCACUAGUCAUAACGAUCUCAUCAUUAGACCAACAAGACACACCCAAAGAGCCACUGUCUUGAUGGUAGCAGAAGCCGCCGCCUUCGCCUCCAGACACCAAGACGAUCCACUUCUAACUCCGCCCGUUUCCGAAUCCUAUUGCAGUAAUUCAUCUUCUUCCUCUUCAUCCGAUUCGGUGGAUUCGGGCCGCAGUUCGCCUCAAACGCCGCUAGGAGAGCGACCGUCUCGUCGCAACAGCAUCGAUAAUGACGGACGUCACCGACGCUACGUGUGCAACGAAUGCGGUAAGGCGUACGCGACCUCUUCCAACUUGUCGCGUCACAAGCAAACGCACCGUAAUUUGGAAUCGGGCGGGAGUAAACCCUGUCCGACUUGCGGCAAAACUUACGUCUCCAUGCCGGCCCUGUCCAUGCACUUGCUGACGCACGCCCUAACCCAUGUCUGCCCGGUUUGCUCCAAGGCGUUCUCCAGGCCAUGGCUCCUACAGGGUCACAUGCGUUCGCACACCGGAGAGAAGCCUUACGAAUGCCACCUGUGUUACAAGGCGUUCGCCGACAGGUCCAACUUGCGCGCCCACAUGCAAACGCAUUCGACCGUCAAGAGUUUCAGGUGCGGCCAGUGCCACAAAACAUUCGCACUCAAAUCAUACCUUCACAAACAUCAAGAGACUUCGGCCAAUUGCUGCGUCAAGACUUGACUGUUUACUUGAUGUCUGCAUGUGUAUGUGUGUGUGUGUGUUUGUGAUAUGAUCUCAUUAUUCCAGUCACUACAAACAGUUUGCAGUCAUUCCAAAUCGAGCGUGAUUUUUUAUUGUACUAUGUAUAUGUGAAGACUCUUGUGUAACAGAUUUCCAACCUGCGAUAAUCUACUUAACUGAUUCACUGGCCGAGUUGAAAACAAAAGUGAAAAUACUCGUAUAUUUUUAAGUCAAUAGCCUCUGCAGCCUCUACCCUGAUGUUGAAACAUUACCGUGUCCAUCUAUUCCUCUAUUCUAGUCCUCGUUUUUUUUUUAUCGUGAUCAGUUUCUUGUCGUCAAGACAAACAAUUUCCUCUCCAGCAAUAUACGUAUAUAGCAAUCCAUGAUGUAUGUACUUCUAGUCAUAUCUAUUGAUACUGUACGACUAUUGCUAUAUAUAACGCUGU